AUGUCGAAACCAAAUAAACUGACAUAUCUGUCAAAAUAUAGUGGAUAUGAUCCAGAAGCCGCUACUGGUAUUAGCCGAAAGAGGUCUUUGGUGAGACCAGAAAGAGCGAAGAUCGAUUCAAAUCACCCUAAUUUUUACUAUAAUCAAGUUGCCAAUAGAGAAGCUGGCCAUAUUAAUAUCCAAAAAUCAACAACAGGAGCUAAUCCAAUAUUAGGAUCAAUUCAAGAGGUACGAGGAUCGCCUUCAAAAAAGUCCUAUGAUACAUCUAGAAAGUCCUAUACGGAUGGCCAAAGUUUUGCAGAAGACGGUAUUCCCCUUGAGGAUAUGAAUUCUAAUCUCGAUGGGGAUGACGAAACCCUUCGUCGUAAAAAUGGUAAAGAACUUUACGGAUUGAAUGACGAAGUUGAUGGGCUAGGGUACCAAGACGAUGAUGAGCGAGUUAACGAGAUUAGUCGCUUGAACCCAAUGGGUUAUAGGGGUUCCGAGAAUUAUUACACUGAAACCAAAAAAAUCAAAGUGGAGGCUGGUGAGAAAUCAUCUUUCUAUAGAGUAUGGUUGUUUUACUGUUCUGUUGUGAGUUUUUGGGCACCAGCCCCUCUUUUGAAGUUAUUUGGUAUGCCAAAGAAGGAGCAACAAACUGCUUGGAGAGAAAAAAUUGGUUUGGUCACCAUUAUCUUUUGCUUAGGUGCAAUCGUGGCAUUUUUAGUGUUUGGUUUCACUAGAACAGUUUGUAAAGCCUCUCCAACUAAAAUUAGAAACAAUGAGGUUGGUACUGGAUACCUUAUUAUUAAUGGACAGGCCUAUGAUUUAACUACCUCAUUACAUCCUGCGGCUGAAGGUAUUCCAGCCGGAACCAACGUUUUGUACUCCCCUGUCAAUGCUGGUGGCUUGGAUGGCUCAUUUCUUUUCCAGAAUGUCAAUGGUAAUUGCAAAGGUUUGAUCACCCCAAGAGACAACUGUACCAUUCCAAAAUCCGGCGAAGAGGUGGCAUGGUAUAUGCCAUGUAAAAUGUUUUCCCAGGAUGGCUCCACCAAAGUCAAUUUCACCGAAGAGUAUUACGAUGGGUAUGCUUGUCACACUUCAGAUUUAGCUCGUCUGAGUUAUUAUAGUUUAAAAGCCGGCGGUGAUGUAUAUUUUUCCUGGGAUGAUAUUAAAAAUUCAUCUAGAAAGUUGGUAGUUUACAACGGUGAUGUGUUGGAUUUGAGUUUGAUAGACUGGAUUCAAUACACCGAUCUCGAAUACCCGGAAGUUUUUGAUAAAUUGAAAGAUGAUGAAAACUUGCAUGGAAAAGAUAUUAGUAUUAUGUUGGCGUCUUCAGAGGGCAAAAGGCACGGUAGAUGUUUACAGGAAAUUAUCAAAGUUGGAACCAUCGACUCUGACUCCAUUGGGUGUAUCGCUUCUGAUAUUGUGCUUUAUUCCUUGUUGACAUUUAUUUUGUCUAUCAUUUUUGCCAAGUUUUUUGUUGCCUGUUAUUUUAGAUGGAUUGUGUCCCCUAAGCAAGGUGCCAGUGUUGAAGACUUUAAAACAAUGAAUAAGAGACUAGAUGAAAUCGAAGAUUGGUCUGAAAACAUUUAUUCACAAGGACCUAUUAAAGAAGUUCCACAGAAGCAAAGAGCUAAUUACUCCAAGCGUGCCUCCAGAACAAGUUUCCUUGGAGGUAAGAGACAUUCUAGAAUGUCAUCUUUUGGUGACUUUGAUAUGUUUAAAGAUCAGCAAAACGAAGAUCUGGAAAUGACUUCUAUGGCCUUGCAAAAGACUAAAUCCAGAGACUUGAUGACAAGAUCUGAAAGUCAAGAUGACUUGAGAAGUUCAUUUUAUGCCAACUCAAGAUUGGCCCAAUCGAAAAAAUCUUUACAAAAUCCAUUUGUUUCUACCAAAUUUGAAGAUAACCAGAAUUUGAAUAGCCUUUCCGCAGACUUGAUCCACCCAAAAGUUGUCUCCCAACCACCGGUUACUUAUCAACCGUUUGGAUAUCCGUUGGCUCAUACAAUUUGUUUAGUUACUUGUUAUUCUGAAGAUGAAGCGGGUAUGAGAACAACCUUAGAUUCUUUGGCCACUACUGAUUAUCCAAACUCUCACAAGCUUUUAUUCGUUAUUUGUGAUGGGUUAAUUAAGGGUUCAGGUAACGAUAGAUAUACAUCUGAUAUUGCCAUUGAUAUGAUGACCGACUUGGUGAUUUCUGAAGAGGAGAUCGAAGCUUAUUCUUACGUUGCUGUUGCCCAAGGUUCAAAGAGACACAAUAAAGCAAAGGUUUUCGCCGGAUACUAUAAAUAUGAUGAUGAUACUGUUCCAUCAGAAAAACAACAACGUAUUCCAAUGAUUUGUGUUGUGAAAUGUGGUACCGAGGCUGAACAAGGUGCGGCAAAGCCUGGUAACAGAGGUAAAAGAGAUUCGCAAAUCAUUUUAAUGUCUUUCUUACAAAAAGUGACUUUCAACGAAAGAAUGAGUAGAUUGGAUUAUGAAAUCUUGACCAAUAUUUGGUCAUUGACGGGAUUAAUGGCGGAAAUGUACGAAAUUGUUUUAAUGGUCGAUGCAGAUACUAAAGUCUACCCAGAUUCUCUCACUCAUAUGGUUGCUACAAUGGUACAAGACAACGAAGUCAUGGGGUUGUGCGGUGAAACUAAAAUUUCAAACAAGAGUUCUUCUUUCACUACCGCUAUCCAGGUUUUUGAGUAUUUUAUUUCUCAUCAUCAGGCCAAGGCGUUUGAAAGUGUAUUUGGUUGUGUUACUUGUUUACCAGGUUGUUUCUGUAUGUACCGAAUCAAGGCUCCAAAGGGUAAAGAUGGUUACUGGGUUCCUAUAUUGGCAAAUCCGGAUAUUGUCGAAAGAUAUUCCGAUAAUGUGGUUGAUACCUUGCAUAAGAAGAACCUUUUGUUAUUAGGAGAAGAUAGAUUCUUGUCAACAUUAAUGUUACGGACCUUCCCUAAGAGAAAACAAGUGUUCAUUGCCAAGGCUGCUUGUAAAACUAUUGUCCCUGACAAGUUCAAGGUCUUAUUAUCUCAAAGACGUCGUUGGAUUAAUUCCACCGUUCAUAAUCUCAUGGAAUUGGUUCUUGUCAAGGAUUUAUGCGGUACUUUCUGCUUCUCUAUGCAAUUUGUUAUUUUUAUUGAAUUGAUCGGUACCUUAGUUUUACCAGCUGCAAUUGUUUUCACUAUCUACGUUAUUAUUUAUGCAUGCAUUGAAAAGCCUACUCCUGUGUUAACUUUGACUUUGUUAGCGGUUGUUUUUGGGUUACCAGCCCUAUUGAUUGUUGCUACUGUUUCCAGAUUAUCGUACAUUUUAUGGAUGUUGAUUUACCUAGUGGGUUUACCAAUUUGGAAUUUUGUGUUACCGACCUAUGCUUAUUGGAAAUUCGAUGAUUUCAGUUGGGGUGACACUCGUAAAGUUGCUGGUGAUAAAGGACACGAAGAUGAAGAAGGUGAUUUUGAUGCCACUCAUAUUGUGAUGAGAAGAUGGAGGGAGUUUGAAAUAGAAAGAAUAAAGUCGUUCAACUUGAGUGUUCCAGGGGAAGCUUGGAACCCAAUGAAUGAUAGUAAGGCUGAUGGAAGUUUGGUAGACCUUGCCUCUGAUGAACCAGGAAACUUAUUAGCUGUUACAAAUGAAGACCACGACCGUUGA